GAGCCGGGGGACGCUUUAAGGAAGGGAACAGCGGAGUAAACUUACUCUGUUGGACUUGUGUAUACUGUGUCUGCGGGUGAAGGCCACCAUGAACAGGCUCUUUGAUGAUUAUGACCCCUAUGCGGUUGAAGAGCCCAGCGACGAGGAGCCGGCUCUGAGCAGUUCUGAAGAUGAAGUGGAUGUGCUUUUACAUGGAACUCUGGACCAAAAACGAAAACUUAUCAGAGAAUGUCUUACUGGAGAAAGUGAAUCAUCUAGUGAAGAUGAAUUUGAAAAAGAAAUGGAAGCUGAACUAAAUUCCACCAUAAAAUCAAUGGAGAACAAGUUGUCCUCUUUAGAAGCAGGGUCUUCCUCAGGAAAUGGGCAAGUUGGAAGAGUUCCUGCAAAGUACUACGAUGAUAUAUAUUUUGAUUCUGAUUCUGAAGAUGAAGAUAAAGCAGCACAGGUGACCAAGAAGAAAAAAAAGAAACAACGCAGGAUUCCAACAAAUGAUGAAUUACUCUAUGAUCCUGAAAAAGAUAACAGAGAUCAGGCCUGGGUUGAUGCACAGAGAAGGGGUUACCAUGGUUUUGGAAUACAGCGGCCAUGUCACCAACAGCCUGUUCCAAAUAGUGAUGCUGUCUUGAAUUGCCCUGCCUGCAUGACCACACUGUGCCUUGAUUGCCAAAGGCAUGAAUCAUACAAAACUCAAUAUAGAGCAAUGUUUGUGAUGAAUUGUUCUGUCAACAAAGAGGAGGUUUUAAGAUACAAAACCUCAGAGAACAGGAAGAAAAGGCGGGGCCAUAAGAAGAUGAAGUCCAACCGUGAAGGUGAUGCAGAGCAGGCAGAGACGGAAGUGGAAGAAAUCUAUCACCCAGUCAUGUGCACCGAAUGUUCCACUGAAGUGGCAGUCUACGAUAAGGAUGAAGUCUUCCAUUUUUUCAAUGUUUUAGCAAGCCAUUCCUAAAUAGCAUAGUUGGCAUUUAAUUGCCUAAUACUGGAUAUAAGGCAGAUAUGGACAGUUAUUUUUUUCCUGCCUAUUUAUAUCAUUAAGUGACAUUUUGAAUUGUUAUUUGAGGGAGCAGUGUUGCAUCUUUAUGAAAGAGAAAGACCUUUAAGAAAGAGAAAGACCUUCAGUCUGUUCCCUUCCCCUCCUACGACCCCCAGCAUUGAUGGGACUGAUUAUUCAUUCCCAUUUUGAUGGAUAUUUUGGAAACUUUGGGGCUUUUUAUUUAUUAAAGUCCUUUGAAAUUGAAAUGUUCUGGAGUUAUAAGUAAUCUUUAUUUCAGAGGGUUAUUUUUAUUUUGGAUAUACCCUUUGUGUGAUUAAAUUGGAAACUGUUUCCUGACUUCUGUCUGUAUUGUUUUUGCUAAGAAGUAUCUUUAUUCCUCCCACCCCAGAAUGAAGUAACAGUAUUUAGUAGCUGUUAUCAUUACAUGGAGUUGGUACUGUCAGAUGCCUUUGAGUAAUACAGGUCUUUCCUUAAAAGGAUUGUACUUACCAGUGUUCUAAACUUAAUGAAUUGGCAUAUUAAAUUUGAAAUUUAUUGUGAGGAACAGCAGCCUCACUCUCCAAUUUAAGACUUCAAAAUCCUUUGCUACUUCUUCUGCCUACCGUUUAUCUCUUCUGUUGCCACAACGAAGGAUGCUAUCUACAAUGUGAUUACAUCUCAGAUUAUUCAACAAUCAUAAUGCUUUCCAGCAUAGCCUUCUCAUGUCUUGUAAUAGCAAAUGUUUUCUCUUACCUCUGUGUUAAACAAUUAAUAUGAACCUUUUAAGGACCACCUGUGGCCCUUAUCUGCCUCAACUCCUUUUUAAAAUAAGCAUAAAUCAUUUACUAUUAAAUAAAGUUUAAAUACAUGUGUGGCUCUAGAGCUAUGGUUUGGCUAUCCCACUGAAGCUAAUUGUUCUUUUUCCUAAUCAGCCUGGCUUACUGUGUUAGUUUUCUGUUACUGUAUGUUUAGUGAAUGACUACAAAUUUAGCAGGCUAAAACAAUGUGCAUUUAUUAUCUCAUAAUUUUGUGAGUUAGGAAUCUGGGCACAGCUUAGCAGUGUGUUCUACUCAGGGUCUCACAGGCUGUAAUUAAGUUGUUGGUCAGGUUGCAUUCUCAUCUGGAGACUUGACUGAGGAAGAAUCCACUUCCAGGCUCCCUCAAGUUAUUGGCGGAACUCACCUGCUUAUGAGGUCACUGUUUUCUUGCAGGUUGUCAGUAGCUGCUCCCAGCCCCUCGAGGCCAUCUGCAGUUCUUUUGCCACGUGGUCUGCUCAAUAGGCCCCCUCAUAAGAUGGCAGCUGACUGUUUCAAAGCCAGCAACUGAGUCUCUAACCUCAGGAAGGACCCACUCCCUCUUUUUAGGGUUUUAGGAUUUUCAUUGAUUAAGUCGGCCCAUUCAGGAUAAUCUCCUUUUUUGAGUAAUUCAAAUUUGGGACCUUAAUUACAUCUGUAGAGUCUCUUCACUAUUGUCGUAUUCUGUUGGCUAGAAGCAAGUCACAGGUACUGCCCACACUCAAGCAGAGGAGAUUAUAGAGGCCGUGUGUAACAUGGGAAUCCUGGAGCCACAGUAGUGGUCUGUCUGCCACACUUCCCUUUGGCUUAAUUUCAUCUUGCCUUGGGGCUUGGGUAGCUAAAUUCUAUAGGUGUGAAAAUAUACACAGCAUUAAAUCUUUCCCUUAAGUGUUCAAAGGGUACAAGUUGUAUCCCUAUUUGUAUGGUGUGUGUUUCUGUAUAUAUUAUACACAGACUGUUUGUGCUUGCUUCUUUUCUCAGCUCCUCCUAACUCUUAGAAACUUUACAUUCAUAAACCCCCCAGCCCUUCCUUACAGGAGACACUGUCCCAGGCUCUCUGAAUCAUUAUUAAUGAUUUGGAACUGAAGGAGACAGGCUAUUAGGGACUGUAUCAUAUUAAAUAUUAAGGUGCACCCAUUUCCAAUAUUGAAUUUUUUUGGUGAUUUUUUUGGAAAGGAUUAUUCUUUUUGAAGUUAUUUGAUUAUGAUUGACUUAUUUAUGGUUGGGUAUAUUUCUUAGCAAUCAUUGUGCAUGCAUGGGAAUUCUUAAGAAAUGAAAAAAUCUAACUUAACUGUUUUCAAAUGUAGUGAAACUUGUGUAUGUUCUAAGUUUAAGAAUUAUGCAUGAAUUUAAUUAAAUAUUUCUUAAUUUUAA